AGCUUACAAACCUUAACUCUUUUUUGGAAGAAAACUAGGAGACAAAGCUGCUUCCGCCAUUGACUGACCCGAGCACUUGCACUUUCCGAUCACCGCAGAGACUUCUGGUAUUCAAGACACUCAGUCAUAAUGCUCUUUAUAUACCCCAAUGGCAUGCUCGCUUUAGGACACAGGAUCGAUGAAGAAGCUGCAAUGAUUUAGCUCCGAACUGAUAAGAUUUGGAUCAAUGGCGGAGGCGAACUUGGAUGGGAAUGGGUAUGUGGGACCAGAGAAACGCAUCAAGCACUAUAGCAAUCUCCACAGAAUACUGCUUGUAGGUGAGGGUGAUUUUUCCUUUGCAGCUUGCAUGGCCAGGAAAUUCGGCCACGCCAGCAACAUGGUAGCUACCUCGCUCGACUCGAGAGGCAUGAUAUGGAUGAGAUACGCAUCUUCAGCGAUUGACAACUUGGAUACCAUCGAUGGCUUUUGGGGCACCGUUUUGCAUGAUGUGGACGCUCAUACCAUGAGCAAACACCCCAGUCUCAAGCAUAAAUCCUUCGAUCGAAUAGUCUACAACUUUCCUCAUGCUGGCUUCCACGGCCCUGAAGCAUCCUCACUCCAGAUUGAGCGUCACAGGAAUCUGGUGAGAGCCUUCCUGAGCAACGCGAAGGCAAUGCUGGCCGAGGACGGAGAGAUACACCUGACGCACAAGAUGGGUCAUCCAUACAGCGAGUGGGGAAUCGAGAAGCUGGCCAAGGAACAAGGCCUGUUCUUGGUUGAGGAAGCGCGGUUCUGCGAGCGGGAUUAUGUAGGGUAUGUCAACCGGAGAGGUUCGGACAUAAAUAGUCAUUGUACUUUCCCCAUCGGAAAAGCCUCGACUUACAUGUUUAGGAAAAAAUAUCCGCGAAACAAGGCCUGUUCUUGGUCGAGGAAGUGCGGUUCUGCGAUCGGGAUUACGUAGGGUAUGUCCACUGGAGAGGUUUGGGCGUAAAGUAUAAUCGUACUUUCCUAAUCGGAG